AUGUCUGCUAAGAACUUAUCCUCGGGAACAACCUAUACAGCUUACCUUGUGUAUCAGCUCGCAGAAGUAAGAUCGGGGUUGGCAAGAACACCUAUUGUGUUGCGCGUCAAUUAUCGACAAAGUGCAAUUGUGAGUGUGCAUAGUGUGAUCCUAGACCCUAUGCCUCAGGAAGCUCGACACGGAGGAGAUGGGUGGAUGGAGAUUGAGAUGGGUCAAUUCUUCAUUGAACAAGGAAAUGAUGAUGCUGCUAUAGAGUGCAGUGUAACGGAAGUUAGUAACCUAAAGGGCGGCCUCAUUGUGGAAGGUAUUGAGCUUAGGCCUAUGCAUAUGUAA